AUGCUGAAGGCACUCUUAUAUGCGUAUGUUCUCGGAGGCAUAACAUUCAUCCCACUCCUCAUCGUCGCGGCUCUCUUCAUCACUGUCUACACCUCUGUCCCAGUUGGGGAUUUCGACGUCACCAAGAAGACCAGGGGGCGCUUGGAGGCGGACAAUGCUCUAGAGGAAGAGAAAGCGCCAGAAGCGGACACACCACCCCUCGAGACGAAUGACGCGCCGCGCACCCGCAAAGGAUGGCUGACAAUGCGCAGGACGUUUGAAGAGUCGACAGGGGACGGCGGCUAUGUCACCCUUGUUCGUUCGUUCUUGGACUCCAGGUCAAAGGAUCCCAAGAGAUCUCGUCCGAAGGACAUGUGGUACGUAGUCCUCAAAGGCAAGGUUUUGUAUCUCUAUGAAGAUGAAGAGAUGUCGGAAUGCGAAGCUGCGGUGGAACUCAGUGGCCACCAGGUGGUCAUCUACCCCGAGGGGCUGCCGGACGCAGAGCUGUACGCGAAGAGGAACGCCAUUUGCCUCAAGCCCAAGGUCGCGAAUCCGGACACCAUGCCGAGUGUCACGAGGGAGAUGCGUCUCGAGAAGGACAACGUGGAGGAGACGCUGGAGACUUCAACGACCAGUGGGAAGAAGCGGGAGGCUCAACGGGAGGCGCUGCUGGAGGAAGAGAAGAAGAAGAACGCCGCAAGAGAGGAGGCGUUGGAUCCGUCGACACCUUGGUUCAUCUUCGUUCGGUCGAAUGUGGAAAUGGAGGAUUGGUACUUCGCCUUGAUCCACGCCUCGGAGCAGCCAACACAAACGCCCACUCUUCUGCCAUUACGUGCUAUCUUCGAACCUGCCGACAUGAACCACCUUGUUUCGACCUUGGACGAACAACCAGACGUCAUACCAAUGCGCUGGUUGAACGCUUUGCUUGGACGGAUCUUCUUCAGCCACUACCGGACGCACAAUCUCGAGGCAUACAUCAUUGGCCGGCUCAUGAAGAAACUCUCGAAAGUCAAACGUCCAGCAUUUCUUACGGAAGUGGAGGUCACGCAGGUGUCGGUUGGCAACAAGGCUCCUAUGUUGAGUAAACCAAUGCUAAAGGAGCUAACGAAGGAAGGUGAUGCUUCCAUCGAGGUGCAUCUUCAAUACAAGGGAGAAGUGCGUAUUACCGUGGAAGCGACUGCGGUCAUCAACCUGGGUGCAAGGUUCAAGUCUUACACCGUCAAGCUGACACUGGCCGCAGUCUUGAAGGAAUUGGAGGGCAACUUACUUGUCAAGGUCAAACGCCCCCCGAGUAAUCGCAUUUGGUAUGCGUUUACGCAGACACCAAGGAUGGUGCUCGAGGUGGAACCUAUUGUCAGCGACCGGCAAAUUACAUGGAACAUGAUUUUGAGCACAAUUGAGUCGAAGUUCAAGGAGAUUAUCCAAGAAUCGGUAGUGAUGCCCAACAUGGAUGAUAUCGCUUUCUUUGACACUGAAGAGUACGAGCACCGAGGCGGCAUUUGGUCCGACACAUGCAGAAAGCCAUAUGUUCCAAGUUCAGCAUCUGCGGUACCAGAUGAAGUUCAAUCUGUCGCUUCCGCCCCUCUUCCGGAUACCACGUCAAUAUCCUCUGGCGACUCAAUUGCCCCUGCUACCAAAUCCCUAGAUGAAAUUUCGGUAAGCUCUGCACCCACAAUACCAACGGAAGGGGCUUCGUCUUCAACGAGCCCUCUGGACGAUUCUAACGACUCUUCGCGGAACAAUACACGGCGGCGAACAUGGUUCUCCUCUGUUCGAAGUGAAGACUUGAACUCGUUAGCAGGACCAGGCUUUGAUACGGAUAACAACCAAGAAAAGACUGAAGAGCAUCGUGGCCGCACCCUCGAACCUGAAAAAUCACCCACAACACGAUCGCAUUCAACUCCAAGUAAGCCCGAAACGCGCGAUGUGACUCCAGAACGCACGACCAACGAUGAACCCGAAUCCUCUUUCCAAAAAUCCCGUCGGUCCGCCUCCGUCUCACAAUCUUCUUCAGUGAAGAUGGACGCAGAGGAGCAGGACGACGAGGCGAUGGCCCCCCGGACCAAGUCAACGCCUGUAACGCCACGCAAGAACUCGGACGCGUCGCAGAUCGCGCGCACGCCGAGCCCGCCAUCGUUCUUCUCCGCUCUCAAGUCGAAGGCGGCGGACAAGCAGGCGAUCAACACUGCGAAGGAGGCCAUGCGGAAGUGGGGCAUGAAUGUGAAUUGGGGCGGGUUCAAGAAGGAAGCGAGCAGUACGAGCAAUGGGUCGGGCGAUGAGGGUUCUAAUGGGAGUCCGCCUCGUGGUGGUGGUGGUGGUCUGCACCCUGACAGCAGCAACAGCACGUUCAACUCGCUAACGCACAAGGCGCGCGCGAGUUACGCAGAGGUUCGGGCUGCAGUGGCAGAGAGGAAGGAGCGCGAACGGACGCCAAGCUCGAACUUCUCCGAAGAUGGUCUACGGCCUGCAUCACCUUCGACGCCUCAGAACCAGAGAACGAGGGUGACGAGCACGGGCGGGUCGUCGUCGAAAGGCGGUUUCCUGCCCCUGCCCAACGGGUCGGUGUAUUCCGAAGUGCCAUCGAACCCCUCGAUCGUGAGCUCUGCGACUAAGCGCCUGUCGGGCACGUUCGCGGGGGGCGGCGCAUCGUCGAGUACGACGCUGACGCCACCCCGGCUCGCGAACAAGAAGUCGACACCGUCGAUCAGCAAAGUCAACACCGAGGUUGACGCGCAGGACACGGUGAUCUCACCUGGGCUCGCCCAAACACCCUCACACGCCUCCUCCUCCCAUUCCUCCCACUCUCAGCAAACCCAGCCAACAAUAGACCUCGACACGGCCCCCACACAGCCGAUCCACGUCCAGCCGCAGGCAAAGACAAUGUCAAUACCCGGGAUACACGCCUCUCACAGAGGCGAGGUGCAGGCGAUGGGGUACGUCGCGCCGCCGCCUGACCCGCCUGCGCCGUCCAGCGCAGGAGGCGCGGUGGAGGGUGUCCUGAAUUUGAAGAACCCGGCGAUACAGAGUGUGUAUCGGCUUUGGAAGAAGGAUGGGGCGGCGAAAGAGGGUUCGAGUUCGACGGGUUCGCAGCAGAGUCAGCAAGGGCAGGAGACGAGUCCAGGGGCGGUUUCGGAGUCACCUCAGUCUGAGAGCUCUGUUGACCUGGAGUCAGAUCCGGCCACCAACUCCUCGAACCCAACUGCAUCAACCUCAACCUCAACCUCACCACCCACACCCGUCCCGCCAACCGUGAAACCGACACCACCGCCCCUACCUCCACGCUCGAACCCACGGCCGCUCAGCGGCGUACUCGUCGGCGCGUCGCCCGCGCCAACGCCCAUACCCGCAUCCGUACCCGCACCUGCAUCCACCACGGUUCCAGAAUCGGUGAUGUCCCCCUCGGCGGCGGAGGCGCUGAAGCGGGUGGUGAUGCGUGAUGAGGAGAUGCGUGCGGGGGCGGUGGGUACCUCUGAGCAAGAGGAGGGUGGACAAGAGGGUGGGAGGACCGAUGCAAGCGCCGACGUUGGCCCGAGCCCGGCAGGUGAAUCAGUAGCGCCAGCAGCACCGACAGCACCGUCGGUACCGAUCCCACCGAAGACGCCUCCUGCCCUGCCGCCUCGGAGGAUCCAGACACCCGCGUAG